AUGGCGACUUGGGAGGAGUAUUUGGCGACUCAGCAGGCCAACGAUGGAGUCCAAUUCACGUGGAACAUGUGGCCACACAGCAGAGUUGAUGCCCAACGUCUCGUUGUCCCGUUGACGUGCUUUUUCACUCCGUUGAAGGAACGCCCGUUGACAGAAGUCACACAGCCGCCACUCGAAUAUGAUCCAGUCUUGUGUCAAAAAGCCAGUUGCAAAGCGAUUUUGAACCCACUUUGCGCUGUCGAUUUCCGCGCCAAAAUUUGGAUGUGUCCGUUUUGCAACAAUCGCAACCCGUUUCCAGCUCACUACGCGGCGAUUGCAGAAGACAAUCGGCCGCCGGAGCUCUAUCCGCAAUUCACAACGAUUGAGUACACCUUGCGGAAAGCCACCACAAUGCCACCAAUCUUUGUAUUCGUCGUCGACACGUGUAUGACACAGGAAGAGUUAAAAUCAUUGAAGGAGUGCCUUCAAACAGCUCUUUCUCUUCUCCCAGCCGAUGCUCUCGUCGGAUUGAUCACUUUUGGAAGAAUGGUUCAGUUGCAUGAGUUGAAUACUCAAGGCAUUUCCAGAAGCUAUGUCUUCAAGGGAACCAAAGAAGUGACCGCGAAACAAAUCAAGGAUGUUCUGGCCACCGGAAUGGCUCGUCCAAUGGCUCCAGGGGCUGGUGCAGCCCCAGGAGCUCCGGGAGCACCAAUGGCUCCGAUGGGCGGAGCGCCACUUGGAGGACCAGGACCAGUCGGAGCACCACGUGGACCACCUGGACCAGGUGCGCCAGGAGCUCAACCACAAGGACCAGUACAACAUGCUCCUGCAAACAAGUUCUUGCAGCCAAUUAGUGAAUGCGACGAUUCAAUCAACGACCUAAUCGAUCAAAUCAGUGUCGACCGUUGGCCAAUUCCACAAGGACACCGUCCACUCAGAGCCACUGGAGCAGCGCUCGCCGUCGCUGUCACACUUCUCGAGUCAUGUUUCCCAAGCACCGGUGGACGUAUCAUGUCAUUCAUCGGAGGCGCUUGUACUCAUGGACCGGGAGCUGUUGUUGGAGAAGAACUCAAAAAUCCGAUCCGCUCAUGGAACUCAAUUAAGGAAGACAACGCUCCAUUCAUGAAGAAGGCCAACAAGUUCUAUGAUGGCCUCGCUGCGCGUGUUGUCAAAAAUGGACAUGCUGUUGAUGUGUAUUCGUGUGCUCUCGAUCAGACUGGUCUCCUAGAAAUGAAGAAUUUGUUCAACUCUUCUGGAGGACAUGUUGUUAUGGGAGAUUCGUUCAAUUCAUCACUCUUCAAACAGACUUAUCAAAGAAGUUUCGAUAAAGAUGCUGCUGGAAAUCUUAAAAUGGGAUUCAAUGCAACGAUGGAAGUGAAAGUUGGCGCGGGACUGAAAAUUGAGGGAGUUCUCGGAUGUUGCGCCAGUGGAAAUGUUCGGAAUGCGAAUGUCUCGGAUCAGGAGAUGGGAAUUGGUGGAACAUGUCAGUGGAAGUUUGGAGCCAUUUCGCCGAGAACUACUAUCGGAGUGGUGUUCGAAAUUGCCGCGCAACAUGGAUCCGCUAUUCCACAAGGAGGACGUGGAAUGGUACAAUUUGUAACCCAAUAUCAACAUGCCGACGGUCGAAAACGCAUCCGUGUCACCACUACAUGCCGCUCAUGGGCCGAUAUGGCUACUCAACAACCAAACAUUGCCUACGGAUUCGAUCAGGAAGCUGGCGCUGUCGCCGUCGCUCGUCUUGCAUCAUUCCGUGCGUCCAACGAGAACGACACUCCAGAAGCCCUACGCUGGUUAGAUAGAUCUCUGAUUCGCCUGUGCCAGAAGUUUGGAGAAUACUCGAAAGACGAUCCGAACAGUUUCCGCCUAUCCGACAAAUUCUCGUUAUUCCCACAAUUCAUGUUCCAUUUACGUCGUUCACAAUUCCUUCAAGUAUUCAAUAAUUCACCGGAUGAGACCGCCUACUAUCGACAUAUUUUGUUCUCGGAGAACGUGCUGGAGAGUACGACAAUGAUUCAGCCAGUGUUGUUCAGUUAUUCGUUCAACGGACCACCUGAGCCAGUGCUUCUUGAUACCUCAUCAAUCCUCCAAGAUCGUAUUCUUCUUAUGGAUGACUACUUCCAUGUGCUCAUCUAUCAUGGACAAACUAUUGCUCAAUGGAGGAAGCAGAAUUUCCAAGAGAAUCCACAGUAUGCCUCAUUCAAACAACUCCUGGAGGCACCCGUCGCAGAUGCCACGUCGAUUCUUCAAGAAAGAUUCCCCAUGCCGAGAUACAUUGUGACGGAACACGAGGGAUCACAAGCGCGUUUCUUGUUGUCUAAAGUGAACCCGUCGUUGACGCACAAUAAUCCAUAUGCUAAUGAAGCCGGUUCCGCUGUAUUCACUGAUGACGUGUCACUUCAAGUUUUCAUGGAACAUUUGAAAAAGCUCGCCUCGAGUUCGUCGACUUAA